UCCUGUCACUCAACUGAAUUUCCGACUUAUUACUCUGUUGUGUGAAGGACGAUAUGCUGCAUUCAGCAAAUUAAACUUCUUUUCAGACGUCGUCAAGUUAAAUUACAUUUUUAGUUAACGUACGCAAGAGGUGGGCAAUUGUCUUUGUUUUGUUUGACUAAAGAGUACGUUUGGGCUACUGUAAAAGGCUUACUUAUUAUUAACGACCAUCGAUUUAAGAAUGAAAGUGAACAACGUAAUUUGGGGUGUACAGUAGGCGACCGUUUAUUAUUUACGUGAGUAUAGCAUUUUUGAAUUGCAAUUGGAGCACAUUUAAUGCAGCCAUUCGUAGCCGCACUAUACAGAAUAAAUACAAUGUUAACCUUAAAGUAACCUGGAAGUAUUGGGUGUCAUAAACAUUUUACUUGCGCAGGCUGUGUUGACGUAUUUCGAAAUUAUGCCUUCAAUAGGUUACUUUAUUUAUUGUGAGGUAUAAAUUCAAGUAGGCUCAAAGACGAAACCAAAAUGCUGAAACGUGGAACAGUCGGAAAAAAGACAUACAGUCCAUAUGCCACUGGCCAAAGAGUUAAGAAAGCUGAGUCUAAAGGCAUAUUGGACAUUUUGCCAAAUAAACACAACAUCUGGCUAAAGCAGCUGUCUGUCCUUCAGGAGCAGCCAAAGCGAGAUGUCCCCGAUGGCACGUCCCCCACGCUGUCCACCUCCUCCGCCGCCACCCUCUCCCCCGCUGUCCACAUCAGCCCUGUCUCCUGCCCGGGGACCCCCACCCAGCACGUCAAGCAUGGCUGCCCUUCGCCGGGGGGCACCCUGAAACGACCGCCCUCCCUGAGCCGACAUGCCAGCGCCGCAGGGUUCCCCCUGCAGUCGUGGGUCUUCAGCAAGGGCUACCCAAAAGGGGCGCUGGCUCAGAGUCCGUCCCUGGAGUGUGCGGAAACCGUGUCCAUCGAGGCGGAGGACAUCCCACUAUUGCUGCGAGACGUGGCGCGCUUCGCUGAGGCCGUGGAGAAGCUGAAGGAUGUGGUGCUUGGUGACGGUAAACUGGAGAACCGUCGGCCCCUGGCUCAUGAGUGCUUGGGGGAGGUGCUGCGGGUGUUCCGGCAGGUCAUCACCAUGUACCCGCUACUCAACACAGUGGAGACGCUCACCGCCGCCGGAAAACUUAUCUCCAAGGUCAAAGGAUUUCACUAUGAAACCAGCAGUGAGGUAGAGAAGAAGGACUUUGAGAAGGCCAUUGAGACCAUUGCUGUUGCAUUCAGUAGCAAUGUGUCAGAGCUGCUGAUGGGGGAGCUAGACAGCAGUUCACUCCUGUCGGUCCCACCAACAGAAAAAAGCAGGUCUAUGGAGAACCUGUAUGGAGCAUCAACUCAGGGGUUCGACUACCAAAUGAGGAGUGACUUCUUAGAAAGUGGUAUGAGCGCUGAGGAGGUGGACAUCAUCUUACAGCGCAGUGAGGGAGGGGUGGACACAGCGCUGGCGUAUGCAAAGACCAUCUCCAAGUACAUGAAGGACCUGAUCACCUAUGUUGAGAAACGGACCGCUCUGGAGGUGGAAUUUGCCAAAGGCCUGCACAGACUCUAUCAGUCUUCAAAGCAGAGCAUCACACAGCCCCACAUGCCUCUGUACUCGGUGUACUCCCAGGCUCUGGAGCAGGACCUGGAGCAGAGUGCCGGUGUGCAGCAGGACUCGGUCAGCCUGCAGAACAAAACUUUCAUCCAGCCUCUGGUUCAGCGCAAGCUUGAGCAUGAGAAGAAGCGAAAAGAGCUCAAAGAGAGCUGGAACCGAGGCAAGAGGAAACUGAUGGAGUGCGAGACCAACUUGCGCAAAGCCAAGCAGAACUUUAUGACUCGCUGUGAGGAGUACGACAAGGCCAAAUCAGCUGCCAGCAGAGCGGAAGAGGAGGGGAGCAGCUCCACGGCCAAGACUGUGGACAAGAAGAAGCGACUGGAGGAGGAGGCCAGGAUGAAGGCCGAGGAGACGGAGGCUAGCUACAGGUUGUGUAUUGCAGACGCCAGCACUCACCACCAGGAGCUGGAAGACAUGAAGGUCACAGUGCUCAGGCAGAUUCAGGAGCUCAUUAAGCAGAGUGACCAGACGCUGCGUUCUGUCACCAUCACGUACUACUCCAACAUGCACAUGCAGACGGUGGCGCUGCCAGUGCACUACCAGACCCUGUGUGAGAACAGCAAGCUGUAUGAGCCCGCGCACCAGUAUGCCACGCACGUCAAAGAGCUGCAGAUGCCAACCGAGACGGAGGCCAGCUACAGCUUUGAGCCAUACACCGAGACCUGCACCCUGCAACAGACCAGGCCACGGAAUGAUAGUUUCACCCCUGACGGCCCGAGCGCUGCUGACACCCCAGAGACCGCUGAUGGAGCCUCCGGUGUAAAGGGGGAACAGAAGAGGGCCCGUGGCCAUCUCACCCAUAAAUCCUGGGGCUCAACAGUGAGUGAUACGGACAGUGUGGGAGCAUGCAGUGGGCUAGGAUCCCCUACAACCAGCACAGGAGACAUCAGUAAAAUGGCCAGAACCUCCUCCACCGGAACCAUGUCGUCAAACGAGGAUCCUGACGAGAAGGAUGUGUCAACGUUUGAAUCACCAAAUUUGAAUGGGAUUGAGCCAGAGAUUGCGGUUCCCACGGGACCGUUUCGCAAUAUCGGUCUCUCUAAAGCGGCGCAGUCACACAAGCUGCGCAAGCUACGCGCCCCAGCCAAGUGUCGGGAGUGUGACAGCUAUGUGUACUUCCAGGGGGCCGAGUGUGAGGAGUGUUACCUGGCUUGCCAUAAGAGAUGCCUGGAGACCAUGACCAUCCAGUGUGGCCAUAAGAAGCUCCAUGGCCGCCUGCAGCUCUUCGGGAGGGACUUCACCCAGGUGUCGGGAGGCAGCACUGACGGCAUCCCCUUCAUCGUGAAGAAGUGCGUCUGUGAGAUUGAGAGGAGGGCACUGCGGACGAAGGGUAUCUACCGGGUCAAUGGAGUGAAGACUAGGGUGGAGAAGCUGUGCCAAGCCUUUGAGAACGGCAAAGAGCUGGUGGAGCUGUCCCAGUCUUCCCCUCACGACAUCAGCAACGUGCUCAAGCUCUACCUGAGACAGCUGCCUGAGCCCAUAAUGCCUUUCCACUUGUACAACCACCUGAUGGGUCUGGCCAAAGAAAGCCUGCAUCCCGAGAGCUCCGAGCGAGCAGAGGCUGGGAAGGGAGCGGAGCUGAAGGACCUGGGCACGGAUACGCAUCCUGAGGUCUUGACAGUGGUGGAGAAAGUCAAGCAACUGCUGUCUGAAAUCCCCAAAGGACAUCACACCACACUGCGGUACAUUGUGCGUCAUUUGCACAGGAUUGCGGAGUUGGAGCAAGAAAAUAAAAUGAGCCCCAGUAAUCUGGGCAUCGUCUUCGGGCCGUCCCUGAUGCGCCCGCGUCCCACGGGGGCCACCGUGUCCCUCUCCUCGCUGGUGGACUACCCCUACCAGGCCCGCGUCGUGGAGACACUCAUCGUCUUCUACCUGCACAUCUUCCCCUCUGAUUCCACCCGCUGCAGCUCCACCAACCUGUUACAGACUCCGUCCAUACAGCAGGACUGCUGUGUGACUCCAGAUGACCCAGGGGAGAGUGCUGGAAACGCAGAGUGCUGUGACGAACAAGUCGAGAGGGUCGAGGUGCAAGUUGACCAAGGAAGUCCUCCUGGAACGUCCGAAUCAGUCGAGCAGAGCCUGGACUCCGACACGGAAGCGGAAACGGACAACACGGUUGUAGAGGCUGAGCCCCCCCCAGGCAGCCAUGUCGAGCAGGACCACGAGAGCAGCGCUGAGGAGGAGGACCAGCCAGAGGGCAGCGGCGAAGGGGAGCUGAGCCCCGUGCCUGUCGUCCUGACGGAGCCCCUGAGUGGGCCGGAUGGUGACCCGCCGGCGCCCCCCGACACUGAGCCCCCAGAGCUCGACAGCCCAGACGCGGGACAGGGAGCCUCAACCGCAGCUCUCAACACCAAUCAGUCCAAUAAUUGUCUGCUUGCGAUUGAGCCUCCUGUAUCGCCCUUCCCACGGUUUGGUGGACGCAAACUGAGUGUUUACAGAGAUCAAGAUCGAGACAGAAAGCCAGAAUUUAUUUGAAGCAGCACUGCAUAAUUUUUCUUUUUUUAAUUUUUUUUUUUUUUUUUUUUUUUUUUUUUUGUUACCAUGCUACCAUGAGUUUGUUUGUUGUCUUUAUUAUAUAUAUUUUCCAUGCAUUGAAAAACACAAUAGUGAAAUUAUUCCUCAAGCUUGUAACUUGUACUGGAUAUUAAGUUUUUGUCAUUAAUUCCAAAUCGCAGUGUGUGAGCCAAUGCUCAGUGUAUUCAUUUUAUCAGUACCAUUCCAUAUUUUUACAGCUCCUUUUGAAACAUUUCAGCACUAAAGCAAAAAAUAUGUUGGGUGAUCCCAGUACUUUGUAUUGUAAAAAUUAUUUUUACGUGUGUUUUUGUAUGUGGUGUCGUGCUGGUCUUUUAAUUAAUAAAGUGAAAUAUACACAAUA